AUGUCAGGACUAGAAGCCGAUCAAGAAUUGUCACGGGAUGAUGCUGCUUUGCAAGAUGAGUUCAUCGAUAAUAAUGAAGUUGAGCAGGAAGUUGUAGAAGACGAUACUGCAAGCAUUCCGAUGGAUGAGGACGAUGUUGAGAAUGAUGCGACUCCAGGAAUAGAUGUAGGAGAUGGAGAGACAAUUGAAAUCGACGUGAGUAACAAUUCUGUGACGUACUUUGAUAAGCAUAGCGAUUCUGUCUUCACUGUAUUUCAACAUCCUACGCUGCCGCUGAUUUGCUCUGGUGGUGGUGACAAUUUGGCGUAUUUAUGGACCUCGCACUCACAACCACCAAAAUUUGCCGGGACGUUAAAUGGCCACACAGAAUCUGUCAUUGCCGGUGGAUUCAGUUGUGACGGUAAAUUUUUGGUCACUGGUGAUAUGACAGGUAAGGUCUUGAUUUACAUAUCACAAAGUGGUGGUACAAAAUGGAAAAAAGUAUCGGAAAUACAGGAAGUAGAGGAAAUUAUUUGGUUGAAGUGUCAUCCAACUAUUCCUGGCGUUUUUGCAUUUGGCGCGAUCGAUGGUUCAGUAUGGUGUUUCCAAAUAAAUCCAGAUGGUAGUUUGGAUCAGCUCAUGACACAAUUAUCGCAUCAACUAGAGUGCACAGCCGGUGAAUUCAUCAGUACUGAGCAAGGUGAAAACAUUUUGGAACUAGUUACAUGCUCAUCAGAUAGUAGCAUUAUCGGAUGGAACUGUUACACCUCGCAAACUCUGUUCAAGAUCACUCAGGACCAAAUAAGAGGUACUAAUGCUCCAUGGGUUUCGAUUUCGUCUGCUCCUUCCAGUUUGACUAAUGGUAACGCCUCUGUGGUAGCAUGUGGCUCGAAUAAUGGUGUUCUUGCUAUCAUAAACUGUAAUAGCGGAUCAGUAUUGCAUUUGUCUGCCGUCAUUCAGUUGAAACCUGAACAGGAUGAGCUGGAUGCUUCAAUUGAAUCAAUCGCAUGGUCUCAAAGCUUCCCAUUACUAGCUCUUGGGCUGGUAUGUGGCGAGAUUCUACUUUAUGAUACAACAUCUUGGAAAGUUAGGCACAGAUUUUUACUUGAGGAUUCUGUAACAAAACUUUUGUUCGACGAUCACGAUUUAUUCGUUUCAUGUAUCAACGGUAAAGUGUAUCAAUUCGAUGCAAGAACUGGUCAAGAAAAGUUCGUUUGUACCGGUCAUAAUAUGGGUGUCUUGGAUUUCGUAUUGACCAAGAAAAAUGACGGCCCAAGAAGGAUAAUCACUGCCGGUGAUGAAGGAGUAUCCUUGAUUUUCGAAGUCCCAAAUUGA